CGCACAUGUUGGAAAUGCUAAUCAACCAAAUGGCGAUCAUGAUAAUUAAGUAAAAGACAAUAUCUUUAAUUUGAUGGUCGGGUAGUAGGACAUGUUUUUGUUUCGGGUAUCCAGCACCUGAUUAGUGGUGAUGAGAAAACAGAGGCAUCACUGACUACUAAUCCAAUUUGAAACUCUCCGCUCGACUUUGCCGCCGUCACAGUGGAAAGAACAGGAAAAGUAUCCCGCAGACAAUGAGAGGACUAAUGUUUUUUGUUUUGGCAAUUGUGAUGUUCUCGUAUGCUCAAGGUGAGGAAAAGGAGGAGCUGGAGCAGAUGUUGGAGAAAGAGGAGGAACUGCUGCAGUGUUUCCGUUGUGAUCUGGGCUUCUGGGACACAUGUUACACCACGGAAACCAACUGCAGCCUCGGGGAGCGAUGCUUCACGGGCCGCGGGAAGGCAGUUGAUGUUCUGGAUGUAAAGACGCUCGGCUGUGUCAAAGCAGAGGAGUGCAACGUGGAGAGCAGCGUGGAGCUCUUCUCCAACAACACCGUCUUCACCAUGACCAAAUAUUGUUGCGACACCCCUUUCUGCAAUGCUGCGUUGAAAUCAUCAGCGGACACGCUUUUGUGGGUCGCUGUAGCGUUUUUGAUAUCCUGGAACGUCACGAGGGUCUCAACACACUGAGAAGCCAACGUUGAUUGAAUCUGUGUGUGCUGCCAAUAGACUCUUCCCACAUGGUGAAAAUGACAACUCACCCGAGUGACGCAUUUUUGCAUGACCUGUUCCGAAAUAAAGAUACAAAA